GUCACUACGUUAUUGUGAGUAAGACCGGUGUGACACAAUGGUCUGAAUGUGAAACUGAUCAGAAAUUAUAACAGUGUUGUUAAAAUCGCAAAGUAAAAACGUGUUGCUCGCUAAUACGUUACUUAAUUAGAUCACACCAUGUCAUCUACUGCAGAAGCAAACAUGUCAAGACACAGCAACCCAUACGACGAGUUUAUUUUAGUUCAUCAUUUACAACUUCAAAAUUCAUGUGUGCCACAGCUAUAUUGGAAAACACUAUUUAAUAAACUAAAAGAUGAGGUUUUUGAUGCGGGCAAUGCUUUCCAGAUACAAUUAGUGGAACAUGAGGAGGAGGGGGAGGAGAAUGAUGAACCCAGUCCGCGAAGCUGGAGAGUGGUCGUCAACUGUGAGGGCAGAAUCAAGAGCAUGGACGAAAGACACAUAUACCUGAUAGACCAUGCCUGGACGUACAGGCAGCAUGAGGCGCGGCAGUAUUUGACUCAAGUUCCGAGCUUAAAGGACCGGAUGUGCCUUCUGAUGGACAUUGACAGCGAUGGGCGAGAGGAGAAGGAGGUCAUAGAUGAGAUCUUGCAGGAAAUGUGGAGGUUUAACAACACGUACAGUAUUGGCAAUUACGAACUGGGAACAAACGAGCGCCUGCCUCUGUGGUAUAUCAUGGACGAGUUUGGCUCGCGGAUACAGCAUUCAGACAUGCCCACAUUCAAGAUGGCCCCUUUCUUAUAUGGGCCCCAGCAGACGGCCUUCUCUAUCAUCUGGCCUGUCAGAGAUCUGGAAAAUGGAGAGGAGGUUACACGUGACUAUAUCCCGAAUAUUCAGCACCCUGAGCGACGCAAGGCGAUGUUGUUGCCAUGGAUACACCAUGAUUUGCGAGAAACAUCGUACCAGCAGCCAGAGCCAAAAGACGACUUUUUUUCAGCUCAUCGUAUCAUGGAGACGGUUCCCGAGAAGGUGGGUCCAGUUCCCCCUCUGCCCAGCGACAGGAAGGUGCGGGUCUGUCUGGACUACCCUAAGGCACCGGAGCUAACGGACCCACGCUUUGAGAUGGUGGACACCGGGGAGGAGGCUGACAUCAUCUGGACCAGACAGAGCUUCAAGGAUUACUGCUCGCUAUGCAGUGAUGGGAAGUUCUGCUACAUCAACCAGUUUCCCAGCGAGCAGUGCAUCACGGUGAAGGAUCUGCUGCCUGUGAUAUGUCGCCGGGCAGGAACCAACGGGAUUAACUCAGAAACCCUUGAGGGGUCGCCAAGAUGGCUGCCAGUCUCGUACAAUCUGAACACUGAGUUGGACAAAUUUGUGUCAUACUUCCAGCACCGAGAAGAUAAGGGCCUGGACAAUGUUUGGAUAUUGAAGCCCUGGAACCUCUCCAACUCUGCUGACGUCACGGUAACCAACAACCUGAACCAGAUACUGCGAAUCACAGAGUCAGGUCCAAAGAUCGCUUGUAAGUACGUCUCAGACUGUGUGACUAUCCACCGAGCAGACAUUGCGUCUGAUGUGAAAGUGGAUUUCCGGUUCCUGACAUUCCUGGCCAGUGUGAACCCCCUGAAGCUAUACGUGUACAAGCCCUUCAGUGUACGCAGGGGACACAAGCAGUAUGCACUGACAGAUUUUGAUGACUUGCUGCGCCACCUUACCUACGUUGGGUUGUACGAGUUUAAUGUCUACAGACCUGGGAUGUAUACAGAGCAGUUUAUUGAGCCUUUUGAAGCAGAAAAUCCUGACAUUAAGUGGAGCACUGUAGAGGAGUCCAUACAUAGAGCACUAUUGGAAAUGUUCCAAGCAGCCUCCAGCAAGCCUCCCCCUGCAGGCCUCGGGGAUUUCCCGCUCUCUAGGGCCAUCUAUGGAAUAGACCUGCUGUUGAAGUGGGACAAGAAUGAGAGAGGUGAGAGAUUCGUGCAGCCAAUCAUCUCAGAGGUGAACUUUGCGUGCGACUACACGAGCUGGAUGGAGGAAUACCCGGAGAUGCUCAAUGAUGCCUUCAGCGUUCUCUUCUACGAAGAUCUGGAGGGACGCGAGGAGAGGGUGAAAGUGUUGGCCUCGUGAUGCGGGAUUUCAUGGUUUUUGACGCAUUCAAACAAAAGUAAUUCUUGAUGUCAUUCUGUAUUAUGAGAGAUUUAAGAUAGAUAGUUUAUGACGCAUUCUAACAAAUGUA